AUGUUUGCUGUGGGUGCCAUCACUCUCCUCUGCAUGGUGUGUGUGAGCCAUUCAGCUCCUCUGGCCUGUGAGGACCUGGUCCGACCGUUAGAUCACCUGGAUCCUCGUCAUUUGGAGGGCAGAUGGGUUUUAGUUGCAGGCAGUCUGAGUCAUCUACCAUUCAUGGAGCGGUUAAGACGUAGAGACAGUGCCACCGCUACCUUCUCCAGCAACACCAGUGAAACCAACAUCGCCUUGAGUCGCAGCAUGCGUUUAGAUGACAAGUGCCACUAUCAUUUCCCCAACAUCUCCCUGGAAGGCAACAGCUUCACCUUUGACGAUGGCAACGUCACCACCACCUUCAUCCACACAUCCUGUCGUGACUGCAUACUGAUGAGCUUUGAUGUAGAGUCGGGGAAGCGGCAGCAUUUCUACCUGUACAGCAGGAGGAGGGAGCUGGAGCAGAAGGAGAUGGAGGAGUUCAGGGCUCAGGUGGAGUGUCUGAACAUGCCUCCACCUGCUGUCAUGGAUCCUUCCAAGGAGCUUUGUCCGGAGGAGACGGCCGGCGAUCCAGCAGCUCAAACUGAAGAGAAAACAGAGGGACAGAAAGACUGA